AUGCGUACCUUCUGGACAUAUUGCUUGACGAUCAUCGUCCUCGCAGCCAAUAGCAAUCCGGCAGUUGGAGGGAGACUACUCGUAUUACCACGUGAAGAGACGGCCAGCAAAGCAGCGCCAUCCACCGUUUCUACUCCUCCGCCCAGUUCGGCAGCCUCACAGUCAGCAGUCUCUAUCACAGACUCCUCAGCGGUACCAUCGUCUCAAAUUGAGUCUGCCUCUUCGCAGGAGAGCGACAGUGGCAAUGAGACAGCAUCAGCUACAAGCCCAGAUCCAUCUACAUCGGGUGUGGUCAUCGGUCCUACUCCAACGCCCUUCAAUGGAUCCAUCAACGGGUCAAUCACCAACCUUCCACACAUCGAAGGGUUACCUAUCCACCCAGAGGUCACACCCGCAUUAGCAGUCGCUGGAGCAUUACUGAUACUGACUGGGGCCUUUUAUACCAUCAUCGGCAUCAAAACAAAAUGGCUGCAUAUCUUCUGCUCGGCGACAUACCUCUUCGCACUCUGUGUCACAAUCCUCAUCAUCUAUGUGAUGCACCCGCCUGUCUCAAACGCUGUUCAAGGAGCCUACUUUGUCGCAGCAGCAGUCACAGGUCUCAUUUUUGGUGCAAUCGCCGUCGUUUUUGCAGAUGUCACUGAAGGGCUAGGAUGCUUUCUCGGCGGUUUCUGCUUGGGGAUGUGGUUCCUGACAUUGAAACCAGGAGGCCUUAUUACUUCUACUGCGGGCAAGUCAAUAUUCAUUGCUUGCUUCACUGUCGGCAUCUUUGGGCUCUAUAUCAGUCAUUACACUCGUCCUUACGGCUUGAUUGGGUCAACAUCUUUCGCCGGUGCGACAGCUGUAUUAUUGGGUGUUGACGUUUUCAGCCGAGCAGGUCUGAAAGAGUUCUGGUUAUAUAUCUGGAACCUGAAUAAUGGGCUCUUCCCGCUUCAUUACGACGGUCCAUACCCGAUCACUCGAGGCAUUCGUGUCGAAAUCGCUGGGAUCAUAUUACUAUGCAUUCUCGGUGUAAUGUCCCAGAUGAAAGUUUGGAACAUCAUCAAGAAGCGACGGGAGGAGAAAGCCACCGAAGAACGGCGCAAAGCUUUGGAACGUGAUCAAGCUGAAGAAGAGCUAGGCAAAAAGCUGGAGGAAGGCAACGACCGCGAUAUGCAGAUGUGGGAUGCAGUAUAUGGAAAGAAAAGCAGCACUCGGUCUCAGGUCGAUUCUGGCAUUGGAACAGAUGAACCAAGCACUUGCAAGGGCUCAAUGAGUGUCGUUGACGUAAGGGAUCUUCCUGAAGGCUUAGAGAUGCAGAACCUAGCAUCAUCGAAGAGCUCGCAAAAAGGAGGCAGGGUUGUUGUGGUUCACGUUGGCCAAGAUGAUGAGAUUGUCGCAGUCCGACCGGAUGGGAAAUCCGUGAGGUCUGUAGCUGACACAUCAAGAGAGGCAUCGAUCCGUGAGGUACGAGCUGCCGUUGCAAAGUCACAAGCCUCAGAAACUUCUUCAAUCAAGUCAUCAAAAACUACCAGAACAAUACCCAAGCAGCAAGCCACAUUAAUGAUCGAUCCAAACCUCUCGCUCAAGCCGAAAGUCGUUUCACCACCCUUCAAAAUUCCCGAUGAUUCAGCCUCGCAGCACAGCGACGACAAGUCUUCAAUUGCAACUUUUGCGGAGUCUGAUCGGGCCCCCGAACGACCUGCGAAAAGACUUUCCGGCUCGGCUCUCAUCAGAAAAGUCUCGGGCAGAUCAAAACGUCGCUCGAUGGGGCGAACAAUCUCCGAAGAAGCCCUUGUCAUUCCUUACAUCGAAGAGGACAGAGUCUCCUCAGUUGCCGCAACCUUAGACGGAGUAUCCAUUCACAACGCAAGUCAAGAGAAGCUGUCUACGGGAGGCCAUAGCCCAGCUACGUCCAGUGUCAAAUCAAAUGAGGUCUUCGCUACCCCACAACAAACUCCGUGGCAUGAGGAGAUUGACCUCUCAUUCGGUCCUUUUGGACGAAAUGCGGGAGACACCGAGCGUGAGAGUACGUUAACAGAAAAGCAAACCCAGAACCCUCUUACAGGGCAUGCGCUAGGUCUGAAGCCGGUCACCAAGUCAGAGAGCCCACAACAAUUAAGGACUCAAACCAGCCUUUCGGGGAAUCUACCGGAUCGCACGUCCAAAGUAGUUAUGGCCUAUCGUACCAACGAGUGGGCCAAGCAUCUUGACAGCGCCGAAGCGCCGAUACUUGAGGAAGAGAAACUCACGAAGCCACAAGCAGAGCCCGAAGAAACUGCCCCAGUCAAUAUUCAAGAGCUCCAGCAAACACCGCUUAAUGCGGAGCCUGCCCCUACAGCAAAUGCCAUACCGGAAGAUACAGCAAGCAAGGAACAAGCAUCAACACCAGACCACAUUGACAAGGCUUCCGUCAACCCAUAUUUCAAGCAAAAGUCACCUCGCAUCUCUCCCUCGGCACCGAACUUGAAUGUUACCAAGACCGUAUCGAAGUCUCCGUCUCGUACCUCCCUCAGCAGCAACGACAGCAACCAGGAGUCUUCUCGUCCUGCAGCAGCUAAAGCUCGCCAAUCACAGACGCCACGAGGCUUCCGGAGCAGCUCUUCUCCAAUGGUGAGCUCACCUCUAGCAGAGGAACCAAUCGAGGAAGGAGUCGAAUCGUCUUUCGAAAAUCGCUUCACUCCCUCACCUAUGCAUCUAAUGUCGCAGCGUGACGCCAUCAUUCAAAGCAAGCCUUCUUCUACUUCAUUGUUGAGUCCUCGGAAUGGUCUCACUCGCAACCCAUCUGCUAGCUCCUCAUCCGCCGCUUUGGUGAACCAAGACUCGGACAACAUGCCUCUUUCGCAUCGAAGAUCACUCCUUCAGCAGCAACAUCAAAACGGCUCCCAGACGCUGUUGUCACCUCAACGAACUGUUUCUGGCAGCUCCACGCCAGUUUAUACACACACGAUGACCUCCCCGAUGCUGUCUCGAAACCCAUCGCGCCUCUCGCUUGCGCAGAUGAAGUCUCCUUCACAGAACCCGUCGCGUGACUCCACCUUAUCAGCCUGGCGUGCCUCACUAGCAUCUGACAAUGCUCACCAGAACGCUAGCCAGAACGCAGAGCUGGAGCAGCGUCGACUUGAGCUCUUGGCUGAAAAGCAGAGAGCGAUCAACAGCAAGCAGGUGGCACAGAUGCAGGAACACCAGCGAAAGAGCCAGCUCGAUAAAGAGAUGAUGAAGAGGGGCAGUGCGAUGAUGGAUGCGCACCGGGAAGCAAUGAGGAAGAUGCAGGGGCAAGUCAAUCAAGGGUUGGCCAAUCGCCCUUAG